UAUAGGCUUAUCUUCAGUCAAAACGGGAACUCUCCCUAUCGGAUCUCCCAUUUGGGACCGAAAUGACGCUAAUAAGCGUCAACUGGACUGGCCACCGGCGGCCAUGAAUCGGGAAGAAGAGGGUUGGCGUAUGGUCACGCAAAGGGGACGGCGAUACCCCAAAUACCAUGAUCAGUCACCCCAACGCAUCUCAGAGAACGAAUUAGGUAAAGGCAACGCCAUUCAUCACAAUCCUUUUGGAUUCGACGAAGAACUCCUUUCCUCAGCCCAAAUCUUCGAUUCUACACUCGAAAAUGAUUACUUGCUCAACAAUAUCAAUGAUAAUCAGAGUACAAGAGGGGAAAACAACAGGGUCGAAAGGGGGCAAUUUGCGAACGACCGACAAUUAGGGUGGGAGAAGAGCCAGAGCAUCAUGAUACCUCCUCCUGAAUUCAGUCACAAGUCGGCAUCCUCGCUGAAGACCGGCAACCUACCGAUAACGGAUACUCCGAUUCAAGGAACGGUGGCAAGCUCAUCGAGGAAGGACCCAUUACCUGCAGACAGCAGGAACAACGCUUCUCUGUGCACCGGUUGCCCACCACUCCCAGGUACAGGUCCCUCUAGCAAAGGUACCGCUGCUGGCAAGGCAACCUCAGACAGCCAGAGCAGAUUGGCCACACAACGACAGGCACUCCUCCCAGCCAUCAUGUGGGCAGACCUUCUACAGUCUGAUACGGUCCAAAAAAUAGACAAGCCCCAUCACCCCCAUCUCCCAGGGACUCGGUACCUUCUGGCCGGACGGAAUUAAUCAAGGCUUCCAAUGAUGACUAUUCCGAGGUAGAAAAAUUUCAAUUCUUUGGUGAAGAAGGAUUUGACUCUAUUAAAUUGGAAUCCAAACUCUUUAAGUUCGGAAAAAAACAUGAGGAAAUCACAAUUUUUGAGAUCAAGAAAGCUCAACUUCACAAGAUUAGUUUUAAUCUUGAAUUGGCGCCUCAAAUCAUCCGGUAUAUUUAUAGCUCACAAAAAUUGCGAGCUAUAAAUAUUUUUUCAGUCGGCAACUGAGGCGAUUUGGACCUAUCUCGGUCUCAUCCGAUUUUAACAAGGCUGGUGGCUUCAUAAAAAUUGCCAAAGAUAAAGGAUAUUUCAUUGUGAUCCCGGUGGGCUCAAAAAAUUCAGGACUACUCGAUUUUCUAGCGAUAUUUUCAAAUUUCGUGGGAAUUUCUAAUUUAGAGCAGGAGGAACCAAUGCACCGCCCACAAGAAACACCGUUUAUUACAGACGAACCCACAUCAAUAUCCAAGCUCAUUUUUUAUUUUCAAAUUCAGGGAGCCUACCUAGAGAAGCAUUGGUCCCCACCUCCUGAGAAAGAGAUCAUGCUUAUUCAGGCAUUUUCAGAUGCUUCAGGCUGCUUUUACCACUCAGAUGACUCUUUUUACAUGGACGACUUUCUGGGACAUGCUACUGAAAGUGACCAUCGUCCACCUAUCUCAACUCCAGCAGAAAUUAAGAAAUCAAAAUUCAACAAGGCAAUUUGCAGGAAAUCCAAGUUUGUUACCUCAGAAAACUGUCUGCCGACAGAAAACUUGAACACACAACUCAAGAUAUACAGGAAAUCUCAAAAAAAAUAAGAGGCGUCACAGUAUGAAGACUAGGUCGCAAUCUAGAGAAUUCCUUUGGGUUUAGUUUUGAGGCUUUUUGUAACACCCCUAAAUUUCCCGCCCAAAACAUUGAUAUAUUUAAAAGAAAUACUUUAUUCAUUCAUCAAAGAGUUGAAGAA